AUGGCUGCAAUAACUUCUCUUUCCUUUCCGGCGCUGGGACAAUCAGACAAGAUUUCCAAUUCCCGUCCUCUCGCCUCCGUCUCCGCCAUCUGCAUGAGGAUUUCUCACCACUCUUUGACUUACUCUUUUAGGGCUUCCACUUCCUCUUCGAAACCUAUUAUCCACUGCAUGUCCACCAUUACCGAUGUGCCACCUGUAUCGGAGACAAAGUCAAAUUUCCUAAAGGCCUACAAGAGGCCCAUCCCGAGCAUCUACAACACGGUUUUGCAGGAGCUAAUCGUACAGCAGCAUUUGAUGAGGUAUAAAAGGACUUACCGUUACGAUCCUGUUUUCGCACUUGGCUUUGUCACUGUCUAUGAUCAGCUCAUGGAUGGUUAUCCGAGCGAUCAGGAUCGUGAUGCCAUUUUUCAAGCCUACGUCCAAGCUUUGAAUGAAGAUCCUAAGCAAUACCGAAAUGAUGCGCAGAAGAUGGAGGAAUGGGCCCGAAGUCAGACUUCUGCUUCAUUAGUUGACUUCUCCUCAAAGGACGGAGAAGUUGAAGCAGUUCUUAAGGACAUUUCAGAAAGAGCUGGUAGUAAGGAGGGCUUCAGUUACAGCAGGUUCUUUGCAGUUGGCCUCUUUCGCUUGCUUGAGCUUGCAGGUGCUACUGAUCCAACCGUCCUGGAUAAGCUUUGUGCAUCCCUAAAUAUCGACAAGAAAAGCGUGGAUCGGGACUUGGAUGUGUAUCGCAACCUGCUGUCAAAGCUUGUCCAAGCCAAGGAACUACUCAAGGAGUAUGUCGAGAGGGAGAAGAAGAAGCGAGGGGAAAGAGCUGAAUCCCAGAAAACUAACGAAACAAUCUCCAAGUGUCUUGGGGGAGAUAGCGUAUACCCAUCUUUCUUGGUUGAAUUAUAA